GUGUUUUUUUUCCCCUCUCUUCGCGCCAGCCAAACACGCCGGUCGUCCGCCGAGAGCGACGCCGCAGUGGCCACCAUGCAAACCAUCCACACCGUGGAGACCCAAGUGCCUUUUCUCAAAGAGAGUUUCUUCACCAGCACUUUCAAAAACAAGCGCAAGAGCAGCGCCGCCGGCGUCCCGCGCCGGCAACAGCAGCAGCAGCAGUGGCCGCCGCCCUCUGUGGGGGCUCAGCAACAGCCGCCAGCGCCGUACAUUUCCGGUCUUCCCGAGCAUCGUCGCUUUCGCUCCAACAGCAGCCCGUUAUGCAACAGAUCUGAAUGGAGGGGAGCGGAUGGAGCCGGGAAGGAGGGGCAAAGGGAGGGGGAGGAUCAGAGCGCCGGAGAAGCCCCGAUCGGGAGGGGCGGCGUGCGGGGAAUGAGCGUCGGCGGCGAGCCCACGUCGGCUGUCACCGCCAGUCUCCGCCUCCUCUCGUCGUCGGCGGCAUCCUCGCGGCCGCCUCCGACGGCGGGAUUCGGGCCGGGAGCCCGCGAGGCCCACCCUCGACCCCAGCAACACGGCCUCUUAGCCAGGGGGGUGCGCCUGCUCCGCAACAUGGGCAACCAGGAGGCCAAGCAGAAGAAAGGAGGCGACGGAGCGCGCCAGCCCGGCGAGAGGGAAGCCGAGAAGAAAUCCAAAAUGUCCAACCGGAUCGGCAAAGGGGAACCAAACGAAAAGAGGAAAUCCAAGUCGGAUUCCAAAGUUUCGGUUUUCUCCGGGAUGAAGCUCAGGAGGACCUCCAAGGCCAAGGGAUCGUCCAAGGAUGACUCGCCGGACGCCGAAAGGUCGGUAAAAGCCGGCCUUAAACCCGGGAGGGGGGCCAGCCUAUCUGCCGACGAGGCGGCGACGCUGUCGGAUUUCGAGGGCGAUCUAAGCCGCUUGAGGCGAUCCGCGGCCGACGAAUGGUGCCGCUGGGGAUCCGACACGGACGACUACAGUUUCCACUCGGCGGCCGGCGACGCCGAGGACCUCCUGUCCGACAUCCAACAAGCCGUGGGGGUCCGGCGCCAAGACUCCGCCUUCCGGGGGAGCGAUGCCGCCCACGAGCUUUCAUCCCAUCGAGCUUCGAGCUCGGACCAGGACGUCAGCGGACCGGCGUCCUCGGCGCCGGAUACGGAGAAGAGCAGCGGGAGCCUUUUCCCAAAGACCAACAGCACCUACAGCUUCCCGGACACGUUGACCACCACCACCCCCUCCUCUUAUGAGAGUGCCGAGGAUGACCUGGAGAGCCCGUUCCCGCCCCGGACCGCUCGAGGCGAAUUACCCGCCGCGCCGUGUGACCCGGUCCGACCUGGAGAACCAGGCCCGAGCAGCAAGGACUCGUCAUCACGGCGAGGGAAGGAAGACCGCAAGACCGCACGCGACUUCCCGUCUCUGAGGAAGAACGGUAGCCUGUCCAACGGCCCGCUGACGACCGACAGCCCGACCGCGCCCGCUUCGGCCACGCCCCCGUCCGCCGUCAAACUCUACCCCCCGGUGUUCCCCUCCUAUAUCAAGACCACCACCAGGCAACUCACCUCCCCCGUCGGCUCUCCGCUCACCAGCCCCUGCGUCCCCAGGAGAACGGACUCGGGGGAACCCCGAGUCUUCCAGGGAGUCGGGGGCCGCAAGCAGAGGUCCAGCUCCAUCGCGGGGCCGCUCGGCGCAUCGGUUGACUGGUGCGGAGAGCCGGACGGAGGGGACGGCGCCGUUUUCUUGGAACCGGAGCAAGCGGAGAAGGGAGCGACGGGCGGCGGCGCUUACUGGACGCUGGGCUCCAGGAGAGCCCAGUAUGGACACUCCAGGUCUUCCAGGGGGGGCGCUUCCUACCUGGACAUCUUCUCCGGCCGCGCGCUGCUGGACAGGCUGUGCAUGAACCAGGAGGACGGCUCGUCGGAGGAGCAGGCCGAGGAAAUGUGUCGGCGAAUGUUGACUCGGGGCCUGCUGCACCCCUUUAGCGACAACGGAGGGGCCCGCCGCGGCGACGCCAAGUCAGCUUUUAACGGGGAGCAGCUGUACACGUGGGCGACUGUGGGGUUGCCGGUGUCUUCGCACCUAUGGGAGCUCUACGGUGGGAGAACACCCACCAGACCGCAGAGUUCCGGAUUACCCUUGAAGACCCAGUCAGCAGUACCAUCUCAACCUCAGACGGAACCCAACAGGUUGCGGUCAGCUCAGUCUUCCUCCGAGGACGACGGUGGCGUCAUAUCCCAGCUGGAGAAGACCAUCCUCGACCUUCGCGUGAAGAUAGCCGUGCUGCAGAGUCAGCAGGUUUCCUCCACGAAAGCCAGCGGGGAUGUUGGCAGGAGCCAGGAGGCGUUUGUCCAGACCUCGCCGCUUGGCGAUGGGCUUCAGAUGGAUGGGACCGGCGGCCUCCCUAAACCCGAGGGCUUUGUCUGCACGUGCCAACAGAUGCAGCAAAACAAGACGAUGCCACCCCCUCCCCCACCUUUACCCGGACUUGGAUCUUGUACCCCCCCUCCUCCACCACCGUUACCUGGACUUGGAUCUUGUCCCCCCCCUCCUCCACCACCGUUACCUGGACUUGGAUCUUGCCCACCCCCUCCUCCACCACCGUUACCUGGACUUGGAUCUUGUCCCCCCCCUCCUCCACCACCACCGUUACCUGGACUUGGAUCUUGCCCACCCCCUCCUCCACCGCCUUUACCUGGACUAGGAUCCUGUCCGCCGCCUCCACCUCCUCCUCCCCCCCCAGGUAUGGGCCCUCCGCCGCCGCCCCCACCUCCCGGAAUGGGCCCCCCUCCUCCACCACCGCCCCCAGGCUUAGGCCCCCCACCGCCACCACCGCCGGGCCCUGGGUUCUCCAAGAUGGUCCAGGAAGCCGCCCCUGCCAAGGCUGUGAUUGAGCCCCCCAAGCCAAUGAAGCCUCUUUACUGGACGCGCAUUCAGCUGAACGCCAAGAAGCAGAGCGGUUCAUUGGUUUGGGAGAAAAUUCAAGAACCAACCGUGGACUUUGAAGAAUUUGUGGACCUCUUCUCCAAGAGUGCCGUCAAGGAAAAGAAAAAGCCCAUUUCUGACACGAUCAGCAAAUCCAAAGCCAAGCAGGUGGUGAAGCUUUUGAGCAACAAGCGUUCUCAGGCCGUCGGUAUCCUGAUGUCCAGCAUCCAUCUUGACAUGAAGGACAUCCAAAAUGCCGUCCUCAAUAUGGACAACACGGUCGUGGAUCUGGAGACCCUACAAGCCCUUUACGAGAAUAGAGCCCAAAAUGAUGAGAUGGAGAGCAUCGGGAAACACAUGAAGUCCACGCAAGACAAGGAAGGCGCAAAGCCGCUGGACAAGCCCGAGCAGUUCCUCUUGCAGUUAUCCGAGAUCCCCAACUUCUCCGAAAGGGUCUUCUGCAUCCUUUUCCAGUCCACGUUCUACGAAUGCAUAACGUCAAUUGUCCGUAAAAUGGAAAUACUACAAAGAACCUGCAAGUCUCUUCAGAGUGGAAAGUGCGUAUUGCAGGUUCUGGGUCUGGUUCUGGCUUUUGGUAACUUCAUGAAUGGAGGGAAUCGAACCCGCGGGCAGGCCGAUGGCUUCACUUUGGACAUUCUACCCAAACUGAAGGACGUGAAGAGCAGCGAUAACUCCCAGAGUCUUUUGUCCUACGUGGUUGCUUACUAUCUGAGGCACUUUGAUGAGCACGCUGGACGAGAGACGUGCGUCUACCCUCUGCCCGAGCCGCACGACCUCUUCCAGGCCUCCCAGAUGAAGUUCGAGGACUUUCAAAAGGACCUGCGCAAGCUACGGAGAGAUCUGACCGCGUGCUCCAGAGAGACAGAAAAAGUAUGCAAGCUGUCCUCGGAAGACAACCUGCAGCCCUUCAAGGACAAAAUGGAUGAGUUUGUUCGCCAGGCCAAAACUGAGCUGGAAACGCGGGAGAAACAACUGGCGGACACGCAAAACACCUUCUUGGAGCUGAGCACAUCCUUCUCAGUCAAACCCAAACCGGGAGAAAAGGAGGCGUCGCCCAACACUCUUUUCGGCCUUUGGCACGAGUUUUCCACGGAUUUUAAAGAACAGUGGAAGAAGCACAACAAGCUGAUGCUAAAGGAACGGCUGAAGAUGGCGGAGGAGUGUUUCAAACAGGCCAAGGAGAAAGCAUCCUACAACGUCAAACCCAAACACGCGACUGGAAUAAAAGCAAAGCUGGGCCAGAAGAUGUAAAGCAGAGAUGGGUAAUUUCCGAGGCUACUGCGAAAGUACAAUCGGACGUGACGCAUCAGUCAUUUUUACUCCAAAGUAUUCUUUUUUUUUUUUUUUUUUUUUUUUUUUUUUUUAAAGAAGUUUAUUUAAUACCAUGGCAAGUUGGCCCAUUUUAACCGUAUCAGGCGUGGAAUGCUCAGCCCGCUUCUGGCAGCACUUAUUGAGUUAUUGCUUGCAAAAGACAAACUUGACCCUCGGGGAUUUGAGCCUGGAUGCCAGAAAAUGCUCGGCGCAAAUUCAUAGCAACACUGUAUCCGUGCGUUGGAUUUUUUUUUUUUUUUUUUUUUUUAAGCCAUAUGUAGAGGAUCUUUGUUUUUCCCCGAGUGCAAUAUCUCCGUCUACUUUCCGGACAAAGCGUUUUACAAGAGAGAUAACCCUGACAAAGUGCCUUAUCGCACACGAGAGUUGACAAAUGAGUGCUGGGACAACGUGGAUUUUAAAAACGUUUGCCAUUUGUAAUUCGAUAUUUGCAUUUAAAAGAAAAAAGGGCAAAAAAAAUGCGUCUUUACUUUUUUGGUAGCCACAUGUUUAGCCCCUCCUUUGCGGCGUUUGCUCAUCCUCGAAAGGUCACCCCACCCCCUCAUAAAAGUGAUCGUGAUGUCAUUAAGCUAAAAUCGUUUGCUUUUCUUUUAAUUCUUAUGGAGGCCAUUUGGUUGUUUUGUCAUCUUCCUCUCAUCCACUCAAAUGUGCGUACAAGAUCACAUGACAUGUUUUGGACGGGAUACCCUUUUGACCCUGAAAAAGAUAUCGAUAUAUAGAUCUAUAUUUAUUGAAUAAAAUAAUUUACAUUCAUUUUA